CGCGCUUUUCAUUGUUUUAUCAAUGGCUUUCAUUUUCGCGGCUCCUCCAGUUGUCAGCAAAACGUUUUCCCGCCAACCCACCCAAUGUCAGUUUCAUUUCUGUAUAAAAUCUUCCGCCGGGCGCCUUUUUCCUCAUUGCCCCAUAAUUUCAAUUUCUAGGGUUUCGUUUGUCUUUCUGUGAUCGUCUUUUUUCCGAUUUCCGGUGAAGUUCGCCGGACGAAUAAAAAAGAAGAUGAGUGCCGUCAAUGUGAAGGACGUCACCGUUUUGGGAAACCCAGCUCCAUUUGUCGAUCCCUUCCAAUUCGAGAUCUCCUAUGAAUGUUUGACUCCUCUCAAAGACGACUUGGAGUGGAAACUGGUCUAUGUCGGAUCAGCCGAGGAUGAAACAUAUGACCAAGUUCUAGAAAGCGUGCUCGUUGGCCCCGUCAAUGUUGGUAACUACCGUUUUAUUUUCCAGGCUGAUCCCCCAGACCCAUCAAAGAUUCGCGAGGAGGACAUUAUUGGGGUGACUGUGCUGCUCCUGACUUGCUCUUACCAAGGGCAGGAGUUUAUCCGGGUAGGAUACUACGUGAAUAACGACUAUGAGGAUGAGCAGCUAAGGGAAGAGCCACCUCAGAAGGUUUUAAUAGAUAAGAUUCAAAGGAACAUUUUGGUCGAUAAACCUAGAGUGACGAAAUUCCCGAUUAAUUUUCACCCAGAGAAUGAAAACAAUGAAAAUGAAGAAGAGCAGCCUUGCCCUGCACUGGAAGGGAAUGUGAUGGAAAUCAAUGAAAAUGAAAAAGAGCAGCCUUGCCCUUCACCGCAAGGGAAUGUGACAGAAAUCAAUGAAAAUGAAGAAGGGCAGCCUUGCCCCUCACUGGAAGAGAAUGUUAUGGUAAUCAAUGUGCAAGAUGAAGAGCCUUUGAAUCAGUCUUCUAUAGAGUGUAGCUAAAUUGAUACUAUUCAGACCUCUAUUUUUUUUUCAGUUUUAUUUUUUAGACUUUAGCAUUUUCAUCAAGAAUUUGUUGGGUGUUGUGUGAACAAAGAUUUGCUUGGAUGUAAAAUUUUACAUAUGGUUUGAUUUGAUGUUGAAAAUAUACAAUAUCAAUGAUUGUGGAAUUCAUGGUUAUUAAAAGUUCAAGGGAUUAAUCCAUUCUGAAAAAAAAAAUGAUAGCUUUGAUUAUGAUUUCUUGAUAGCUGCUUUAAAUGUAAAAGUACAAUUCCCC